GCAGAACUGGGGAAGCCCCAGAGAAACUGCUACACCCUGCCAGGCAUUGAUUUUGCAUAUGGGUUGUACAUCGAGAGGACAGAUGGAGGAGUCCCUGAAGCAAUAGGCCACUGGAACACCGUAAAGCCCAGGACUCAUUUAGUUCAGAAGAUGCCCCGAGACUACAUCGCCAUGAACCGCAGUGCUCUGAAGGCUGGUUAUACCACAGCCCGUGAAUAUAAUUUGUACUACAAGGCCAAGGACAUUCGGCGCAAAGACGAUGAACACAGCCACUUCAAUAGGUGUCCUCCUAAACCACCUGCAGACAUGACUUUUGGCAUCAGAACACAGUCUUGCGCUCCCUUCUUUGACCUCCUUCACCACAGAUACCAGCAGCUGUGGAUGGAGCAGCAGAGAGCCCUGACAACAGCCGAGCGAGUGGAAAAGAGAAAGAAAGAGAAAGUACAUGAAACUCGCACCACAUUGCUGCGAAAAAACCCACUACCUCCAAAGGAGGAGUCCUUCUGGCACCUGCCCAGCUUGGAGAAGGUCAAGCCUCACCUCAGUACUCUCCCAGACCGUGAGGCUCGUAAAAAGGCGUUCAGUGCCACCCAUUGA